GCGAUGCACGAAGUUUCGCCACAGUGUAUUGCAAGAGAGAGUACGGACAGCUUCAUUGUGAGCUUUCCUGGGACGACAACGACGGAUGUGGACUCUGUAGAUGUGCCCUUUCAAAUCGAGCUUCCGGACUACUGCCAGGGGAGCAUGCUGCAGCCCACCACUGCACUUCGAAAUGACCGGUACAAUACAACAGAAAUGGUUUAUCCAACCUCAGUCAAUAUAGUAGCUGGAGUACAUAGCACCGCUUGCCUCAUAGAGCCUAAGUAUCUCCCGAUGAGUUGGGCUCAUCAUGUCAAUCCUGAAGGAGCGAACUACUAUGUAAACAAUGCCGGUGCCGUCUGCGUCGUCACAGAUGCCCCACUUCAUAAGCAAGAUAUCCGCGAGAAGAUACACGCCUCUGUCGAGAAAAUCCAUAUUCUCGUCGAACAUUUAGGAUUCAAAUUGCCUGCAGACUGUGAAUUGUAUAUCAAGCCUUGCAGUACUAGCGACAAGGUGUCGUAUUAUUUUGUGGAUCAUGACAGUCAGACCGAAUUCUGGCUUCAAAAUGUGGAUAGCGAGGAAUUGGAUAUACCGGAUGUCUCGUCCAUCGAGCAUUUAAAAUACAUUCUCCAAGAGCAUUACUGGACUCAUGUUGAAUACUUCCCUCAUCGAUCGGUGUCAACUAAGCAUCGCGAUGAGCUGGUCAAUAUGUUACGCCAUGCACAAGUCGAUCAGCUCACAUCCGACAGCUCGACCUUUCCGUAUGACGCUGAACAUUGCACAAAAUUUCUGGCAUUAAUCGAAGGCAGUGAUAUUGAUAAUCCCUACAUGACAUGUGUUAUUGCACGCCUCUGGAUAGUAAUCUCACAACAGAGGUUCACUCAAUUCUACGCAGAAGAUCAUGCGCGCUUGUGCCGAUUCCAAAGGCGGUUUGAGCUCUCGCCUGUCGUCCAGGAUAUCAAGGCGCAGAUAUGUUCGGCUCUUCUUUUUGGUAUGCCUAGCAGCAUCCAGAAAGACUUGGAGCAGCUUUUCGUCGAUCGCAUCGUUUAUGGAAUGCACUGGCGCAAAUUUAUGCUGACGCAAGAACGCAGCUGGCGGGAAUCUGCCUAUUUGUCUGCUGGACUCAUUACGGCUACCGCAAUUGCUCUUCGCUUCUCUCGGUCUCUCUUAUGCCUGACUACUGGCGCGGUCUCUCUUAUGCUCUCCCUGGGCGCAUUGGGGUCGAGCAUUGCACUGCUUCAACGAUACGUUAAGGGUGGUGAAAUGAAUGCCGCCACAGCGGCCCAACACAUCACGGAGGUCGAGCAUGACAAAUACGGCUUUGGACCUAUUGCCGCGAUACACAGCCUUCCGAGAGCCCUGAUCUACUGGACCUUGGUCGCCCUUGCCUUCCACACGCUAUCAUAUGCGCUCACAACGCAGAGCAUCACCAUGAUAGCGACAACCAUCACAAUGAUGAUAUUGGCCGGCACCAUAUCCUUCAAGUCGAGGAGCCUACUUAGCAAUAAAUAACGGACGUCAGCCGUGAUAUAUUUUAAUGCUUGGCUUGGUCACCUUCAGGGUCUUGAACAGGUUGAAGGUAUCACGCAGCAUCUUCACCUGGCCUAAAGGCUUAAAAUGGAGGGCCUUAGUCAUCAUUAUCGUGCUAUCUGUAUAUCUCAGGUAGCGCAGAACUGACGUCCAUAGUCGUGCUUUCGCGAUUCAACAUCGUCUUUACGUUAUGCAAUAGUAGCUUGAUGUAUUUGGAAAACAAGCUAGUUUUGUGUU